AACACGGAAACGAGAGCGCCAUUGUUGCAACGUGAGUUGAACGUUAAGACGCACUAAAGUGAAGAGGCGCUGUGUUUUUUUAUCGCUUUCCGCUCGUUUGGGUUUUUGUUUUUGGACAAAUGGCGUACAGAGGACAAGGACAGAAGGUCCAGAAGGUUAUGGUGCAACCCAUUAACCUCAUUUUCAGAUACCUUCAGAAUCGCUCCAGAAUCCAGGUGUGGCUGUACGAGCAGGUCAACAUGCGGAUAGAGGGCUGCAUUAUCGGCUUUGAUGAGUACAUGAACCUGGUUCUAGAUGAUGCUGAAGAAAUCCACAUGAAGACCAAGAACAGAAAGCCGCUGGGGAGGAUCAUGUUGAAAGGAGACAACAUUACGCUGCUGCAGAGUGUGUCCAACUAGCGAUGGAGACGGCAACAAUUCUAGACUUUUCUAGAACGUUUUUUUUUUUCUUUUCCUUUUUUAUGGUCUGUGUGUUUUGUUUAUAUGGCAUGACUAUUGUAAUUGUUUCCCUCUACCACAUAUUUGAAAAAUAAAGUUUUGUUUUUUUCCAAAAGUU